AUGUCGCGACUUAUUGUCAUUUUGGGUGUGACUGGUGUGCAAGGAAGCUCCGUCGCCGACACCUACCUUCAAAGUGCUGGUUGGAAGAUUCGCGGUGUGACACGCAAUCCUACAUCCGAAAGCGCAAAGGAUUGGGCGGCAAAGGGUAUUGAAAUAGUCAAAGGCGACCUUGAUGACGUGGUGUCUUUGAAGCGAGCCUUUGUGGGAGCCGACAUCAUCUUCGGGGUCACUGACUUUUGGACAAUCUUCAAAGACCCAGAAAGCCAGAGGAAGAAGAAUCCCGGUCAAGAGCUCGUGGAGUAUUGCUAUGACGUGGAGCUACAGCAAGGCAAGAACAUUGCCGAUGCUGCAGCGACUGUCUCUGGCCUAUGCCGAUACAUCCUCAGCUCAAUGGCCCAUGCGGGGACGUCCAGUAAUGGCAAGUUUGCCAAGCUAUAUCACAUGGACUCCAAAGCAGACGCGGCUCUUUAUGCACAGAGCCUCCCGGCCCUCGUUGGAAAGUUUUCGCAAGUUCAGGCGCCUAUAUAUUUCCAGCUCCCCUGGCAAUGGGGACUUCCUACAACCCCAAAGAAGGUAACCGACGGCACCUGGCGGAUGGCCGGCAUCGGCCCAGGUGAUAAGGGCAUUCCAUUCGGACACGUGCGCAAGGAUCUAGGUCCCUGCGUCAAGGCAGUCGCUGAGGCCGAGGCCAACGUAAACUUGUUUGCUGUUGGGCAAUACGUGUCAUGGUCAGAUUACCUCCAAAUAUUUUGCGAAACCCAAGGCUUAACGUACGGUGGCUAUGACGAGCUUUCCUACGACAAGUUCUGCGAGCUGCUUCCAGGCGGUCUUGGUCAUGAGUUUGCUCACAAUGUUUUAUUUGCGCUGGAGUUUGGUUACGAAGGUACCGAUCCCGCGGUAGUUAAACCUGAAAAGUUGGGUCUGAAAAUGACUUCAUUCCGUGAGUAUUGCCAGGAGACUAAUUUCUCGGCACUGCAAAGAGAUGAGUGA